CGUCAAGUGAACGUUUCAUUAGCUCCCGGUGUGUUUCCAGUAUAAAGGGAUCAGCGUUUACCUGAUCAGGCUCACUGUCCUCGCAAGUAAACAUACAACGUAGUAAACUAUAGCCUAGGCUUUGUGAUGGCUUUGCACCCAGUAGGAGUACCACCAGGUUUAGAAUAUCUUACCCAAAUUGACCAGAUCUUGAUACACCAGAAAGUGGAGCUCUUGGAGGCGCUCUGUGGUUGUGAAACCAAAAACAGGUAUGAGAUCAAGAACAGCUUGGGCCAACAGAUCUUCAGUGCCAAGGAGGACACUAACUGCUGCAACAGGAACUGCUGUGGCCCAGCGAGGCCCUUUGACCUUCUGAUCAAAGAUCACAAUGACCAGGAAGUCAUCCAUUUGAUCAGACCUCUCCGAUGUGCAUCCUGCUGCUGCCCCUGCUGUCUGCAACAGAUUGAGAUUCAGGCGCCACCAGGAACUACCAUUGGCUAUGUGUUCCAGGACUGGCACAUGUUCUUACCCAAGCUGUCAAUCCUGGGGCCUUCGAAGGAAAAACUGAUGCAAAUAGAGGGACCUUGCUGUGCCAUUAGCUGCUGUGGGGAUGUCGACUUUGUGUUGAAAGGUAAAGAUGACCAGGCCAUUGGGAAGAUUAGUAAGCAAUGGAGUGGACUGGUGAAGGAGGCGUUCACUGAUACAGACAACUUUGGAAUCACAUUUCCCCUCGACCUCGACGUAAACAUGAAGGCUGUGUUGCUUGGGGCUUGUUUUCUGAUCGAUUUCAUGUUUUUCGAGUAUACGGGGGACAGUGGACAGCGAUGCAGUGUGUUUGGGUGAAGCCACCAGGGGUGUUCCUCUCUGUUCGCUUUUCAAACAUUUCUUGAAAGCACAACUCUUCCAAGGAUAACAACUCUCCUAGACAACCUGACAACCUGACUCACCUAAUGUGUACUUACCAUGAUCCUCCCUCUGCUAUGUUCUCCUACCACACUUUGAAUAGUACUUACAGUAAGCACUCCUAUCCUCUAGUACUAGUAUUGGCAGAUGCAGUGGUCAUU